GAAGCGCAACUGAAAGCAGCGUUGAGCGACGUCAAUUUGUCCGGGUUGGUCACGAUUUUUGAGUCCGUUACACCGCCACGAUGACCACUUGGUCGUCUAUCAGUAGUGGUUUGCGGCACGCCCACAAUCCUGUGGUGUUCUUUGACGUAUCAGUGGGCGACACGCCCCUGGGUCGGAUGCUGUUCGAGUUGUACGCUGAUCUGUGCCCGAAAACGGCAGAGAACUUUCGUCAAUUGUGCACGGGCGAGUUCAAGAAGAACGGUAUUCCUCAAGGUUACAAAGGCGCCAUCUUCCAUCGGGUCAUCAAGGAUUUCAUGAUACAGGGCGGGGAUUUUGUGAACAAUGACGGGACGGGCGUGACCUCGAUCUACGGCGGAGGUCCUUUUGAGGACGAGAAUUUCAAACUCAAGCACGAUGCACCCGGUGUCUUAUCCAUGGCCAAUUCCGGAAAGGACACCAAUGGAUGUCAGUUCUUUAUCACGUGUGCCAAGUGCGAUUUUUUGGACAAAAAGCACGUGGUCUUCGGUCGUAUUAUUGAUGGCCUGCUGGUCAUGAGAAAGAUUGAAAAUGUGCCCACGGGACCUAACAAUAAACCCAAGAUUACGGUCACCAUUUCCCAAUGCGGUCAAAUGUGAAUGAACCUGAUUUUGACCAAGACCAUUCAUGGCAGCCCUGUGACAAAGAGACAGACGGCGACUUUACUAGCGUUUUGAAUGUCCCACCCUUUUGGGUAGGUAUUAGGGUGGCUAAAAGUGUGCUGGAAAAUACAUGUAUUUAUUUUUGCCUCAAAGUUUGCAAAAUUUGUCAGCGGUCGAGCGCUCCUUUUUGGACUCCAAAUUCAUAAAAAUUCUCUUAAUUUUACACACGAUGAAAUAAAUCGACUAAGGCAUGUUCUUGGUAACAAUCAAA